CUUCCCACUUCUCUCUCUCUCUCUCUCUCUCUCUCUCUCUCUUGCUUUCUCUUGCUUUACCAACUAAACCCAUCACUGGCUGAGGACACUUAUAACACACACACGCAGAGUCCUCUCCUCCAUGGCAGCACUUCCAAAGGAGCUAAUUUCCAUAUUGUUUAUCCUCAUCAUCAUCAUCAACAUCCUUGGGAAUAGUACCAUUCUACCAGUGGUAGAGGGGAACUGGUGCGUGGCAAGAAGUGAUGCAAGCAACCAGGCAUUGCAAACUGCUUUAGAUUAUGCUUGUGGUGCUGGUGCUGACUGUAGCCCCAUUCAGUCUAAUGGGCUGUGCUUCCUCCCCAAUACUAUCCAAGCUCAUGCUUCUUUUGCCUUCAACAGCUACUUCCAACGCAAGGCCAUGGCCCCUGGUUCUUGUGAUUUCUCUGGCACUGCCACUGUUGCCAAAACUGACCCCAGUUAUGGAUCUUGUGUGUAUCCAUCUUCUCUAAGGAGAAGUUUGAAGGCAAAAUGUAAGCUGUAAGGGUGCUUGUAAGUGUACGGACCUGGCCUUAGGAGUCCAGAAGUUCCAGUAGAUGGUCCUAAAAGACACCUUGAAAUGCAACUUUGGCCUGUGCUACUUGACUAGGGAUGGGAAGGCUUGGCAAAGAUGCUUAUAGUCUUUUUUUUUUUUUGGGAUGCUCUUCAAACUUAUUUCGCAUUUUAGCAAAAGAGGAAUCCACAUUCCACAAAGGAGUUUGUAAAUUCAAUUCAACCACAGUAGGAAGUUUCACACCAUAUUCUUUUCAGGCAUGGGAUGCAUCUUUAAUUUUUUUGGAUAAUUAGGUAAGGGAUUCAGACCUUGGCACUGCAGUUGUCUUUAUAUCAGAUUGACAGAAACUACUACUGCUUUUCAUCACUUAGCAACACCCUUGGUUAUCAAGAGCUGUUUUUGACUUCAUGAAUUAAAGAGCAAAGUAAAUACUAUGCCAUUGCUAUGAGAACUUAUUCAAGGAAAAGUAGGUUGAUCAUUGAAAAUAUUCGAUCGUGCUAUGAGAUUGCCCUCCAAAGAAUCUACUUUUGGGACCAUUGUCUUUUUCACAUGGGUCCUAAAAUUAGUAGUUUGUCCUUAAACCUAAUGUUUUUUUGUUUUUUUUCUGCCAAAUUGAUUCUUCCAGCCUGACAUAUUUAUUGGUCUUGCAUUAACAGGUACUAAAUUCUAAUAGAUUGUGCUUUUAUUGCAUGUAUGACAAUAUAAUAUUGGACAAUUUUCUUGUGUUUAGGAUUCUUCUGACAGACAUAAGAUAGUCACACUGUCCAACUGGUUUUGGUUUGUUUGGGUUAGGCUAAUUAAACACUCUUUACUAACAUAAUGUUUUGGAUUU